AUGUGGUUGCAAGCUGAGCCAACUGAGCGUGCGAGGCUUCCGCAGCCGGGCACGCCAGAAUGGACGCUGUUUCUGGCAGAGGUGAUGGAAGAGGCGUUUUCGGCGCUGCGGAAAGUGAAUGUCACCCUGCGCUGGCGCACAGUGCAAGGCCAAGGCAAAGUGACGAAAGAGUCGAUCACGUCCAUACACCCAGCAGGACAUCCAUUACGACGUGCUCACUGGCACUCACGCUCAUCGCUGCAUUUUCCGAAAGAGUUGGGUCUUGGGUUCGAGGCAUUUGAAGAGGGACUGCUUCAGCAUCACACGCAACACGAGCAGCAAUACAUCGAGGCAUUGGAGCAUGCCGAGUGCCUUGAGGUGCUUGUGCCACAGGUGGCAGAAAUUUGGCACAUGAAAUACCGCACACCCUCCGUGACAGCGAAUCGUGACUUUGUGGAGCUUGUGCUAAUGCUGCCGAUGCCGACCGAUGAGAAUCCAUUCAACGUGUUCCAUGAACAAGAGACCAUCAAAGCCCUCAAGGCCGGCACGCUGUCGCUUGAUACCCGGAGUAUUCCUCGUGGCCCGCCAGGCACGUACCGCUCAUUUCUUGUGAUUAGUAUGCCCAUCGCACAUGCCGCGACACCCAACUACGUGCGUGGCUACUACGCCAGUGUGGAAGGCGUGCGAGAAGACUGGACCAUCUUCCGGCCUGGCGAGGUUGGCGUGCAAUGGAUGCUUACGACGCAGGCCGAGGCCGGCGGCUCGAUCCCCCGGUGGCUGCAGGAGCUUUCGAUGCCCUCGCAAAUAGUCGCCGACGUGCCGGCGUUCCUCGAGUGGGCCAAGUUGAAAAAAGCCUAG